CCAGCACCUCCAGCACACUGACUGCAAGGUGUGGCCAGCACUCCCUUAGUACAACCACCACCUCCAACAACCCGCCGGCGCCACGACGCAGCACGAGCUCCUUGAAGCCAAAUUUCCAGAAAACCACCAUCGUCACUUCAAGCCAAACCCACCAUGACCCGUCUGUGAGCGCGUCCCCCCCCCCGCCCGCCUCCCCCGGAGCUCCUGCCGUCCGCAACGCCCAUCAACACCACACGACACACUUGGCGCUCGUGCACGCCUCUCUCCCUCUCCCGUUGUCGGCCACGGCGCCAAUUGACGCCCGCCUCCUUGCCUCACCCCGUCUGCGAGCCGUGCCCCCCUCCCUCAUCCUCCUCCUUCUCCGCGACUGCAACGCCCAACGACAACGAUCACGAUCACGAUCACGAUCACGAUCACGACCACGACCACACGACCACGACGCGCCACCACGUCGGCCGCCAUCCACCAUGGCGUCUGCCCUCUUCUUCCUCGACCUCAAGGGCAAGCGCAAGCUGGCUGGACGGAGGGCCAAACACGAAAAGCCGACUGACACUCCAAGCAGACCCUCCUCGCCCGCAACUACAGGGGUGACAUUCCCAUGUCGGCUGUCGAAAUGUUCCCCGUCCUCCUCUCCGAAGCCGAAGAAGAAUCCUCCGCCGUCCCGCCGUGCUUCUCCCACGAGGGCAUCAACUACCUCUACAUCCGCCACAACAACCUCUACCUCCUCGCCCUCACCAAGCGCAACACCAACGCCGCCGAGAUCCUCCUCUUCCUGCACAAGGUCGUCCAGGUCUUCACCGAGUACUUCAAGGCCCUCGAGGAGGAGUCCAUCCGCGACAACUUCGUCAUCAUCUACGAGCUCCUCGACGAGAUGAUGGACUUUGGCUACCCGCAGACGACCGAGUCCAAGAUCCUGCAGGAGUACAUCACGCAGGAGUCGCACAAGCUCGAGAUCCAGGCCCGCCCCCCCAUCGCCGUCACAAACGCCGUCUCGUGGCGCUCCGAGGGCAUCCGCUACCGCAAGAACGAGGUCUUCCUCGACGUCGUCGAGAGCCUCAACCUCCUCGUCAGUGCAAACGGCAACGUCCUGCGCAGCGAGAUCCUCGGCGCCAUCAAGAUGAAGUGCUACCUCAGCGGCAUGCCCGAGCUGCGCCUCGGCCUCAACGACAAGGUCAUGUUCGAGACGACGGGCCGCACUACCCGCGGCAAGGCCAUCGAGAUGGAGGACGUCAAGUUCCACCAGUGCGUCCGCCUCUCGCGCUUCGAAAACGACCGCACCAUCUCCUUCAUCCCCCCCGACGGCGAGUUCGAGCUCAUGUCCUAUCGCCUCAACACCCAGGUCAAGCCCCUCAUCUGGGUCGAGUGCGUCGUCGAGUCCCACUCGGGCUCCCGUAUCGAGUACACCCUCAAGGCCAGAGCCCAGUUCAAGCGCCGCAGCACCGCCAACAACGUCGAGAUCAUCGUGCCCGUCCCCGACGACGCCGACACCCCGCGCUUCCGCACCAACAUUGGCUCAGUCCACUACGCCCCCGAGCAGAGCGCCAUCGUCUGGAAGAUCAAGCAGUUUGGCGGCCAAAAGGAGUUCCUCAUGCGCGCCGAGCUCGGCCUGCCCAGCGUCCGCGGCGACGACGAGCUCGGCGGCGGCAUGACGGGCGGUUUCGGCGGCAGCAUGGGCGGCGUCGGCGGCAUGGGCAAGGGCGCCAAGCGGCCCAUCCAGGUCAAGUUUGAGAUCCCCUACUUUACCACCAGCGGUAUCCAGGUCCGCUAUCUGAAGAUUACCGAACCUAAGCUGCAAUACCCCUCCUUGCCGUGGGUACGAUACAUCACACAGUCCGGCGACAUUGCCGUGCGCCUACCAGACGCUGUCUGAGGGAGUCUCCCCCACCCUCUAGCUCCCCUCUCGGUCUUUAAGCGUGCCCCCGGGUAUUUCAGCAUGAACAAGCCGAAGAGGCCUAUCCCUGGAUUUCGGCGAGCACUCGUGGCCCAUCCCGCUUGCUUUCCUCCCGCCGCAGCAUGGCACGCGUGGGGACAAAAGGGACCAACGUGUUUAAGAAAAGGCGCGAAGGCGCUGCAGGACGGCGCCCACUCCUCGGCGAAUAGACAGCUAGCUUUUUUUCUUGACUUGGCCCGUUCGUGCGAGUAUAUCUGACGGGCUCAGGGGCAGCGGGUAGCAGCAGCAGUAGCAUCGCGGGUGGCGCAUCGGUGGCGGAGUAGCAAGGGGUUGAUUCACAGAGUAGUAGUAAAUAACGGAGGGAGUCAUUUGGAGUUCAGACAAGUCACCCGCCUCCUUGGUCAGAAGAAGCAGCAGCAGCAGCGAUAUAGUUGGGGUGGAGAAAGGGGUCUGGAGGAGGACGGGGCGGGGUGAGGGACGGACGGUCAUGCCAGCCAUAUAUGAUGGGGCGUACUUUAUAGAGCGAGUGCUGUCAAUUCGAGCGUUUGGGCCAGAAAAGAGAAGAGACAGAAGAGAGGAAAGAGACAAAGGCUAUGAACUUUUUCAGCCGCCAACGCGGAGGCCGCAGGGCGUCUGUACAGAAACGUACAGAAAGGAGAGGGGCCCGAGAGGGAAUGAGGCAGAAGACUGGAGCUCUCGGGGGGAGAAGAAGAAGAAGAAGAAGAAGAAGGAAAGUAGUGCAAAAACAUGUCCAAAGAGACAAAAUGGAAACGUCUCGUCGUCAC